CAAAGACGGGAGUAACGAAUCCAUGACCCAAAAAAUAUUCCUUCCAAGAAAUCAAAAACUCGAACGAACGACAAGUCAUUAAAUUUUUGCUUACCCGUGCCCUUCCGUGUCUCUGUUUUUCAAAAAUUUCGAGGGUUUUCCUUCGCUCAGCUCAGUGAUUCAGCAAUUCGUUAUCGAUCCCGCUUCCUCCACUGGCUACGCUUCUCCGAGGAUACACCCUUCGUCGCAUGUUCCGCCUGCCGAAGCUGCCGGCGUCAUUGCCGCCUUGAAAGACAAGAGUAUCGACGAGUUGAGGAAGAUGUUGUCCGACAAGGAUACUUAUCAACAGUUCCUAAAUUCGCUUGAUAUGGUCAAGACUCAAAAUAAUCUGAAAGAUGAACUUUGCAAAGAGAAUUUGCAGCUAGCGGAGGAAAAUCUAAAAAAGGAACCUCGUAUAAUGGAACUCAGGAAUCAAAGUAGCAUUAUUCGGACAACUGAGUUAGCUGCUGCUAAAGAGAAACUAAGCGAGCUUGAGAAACAGAAAGAAGAAAUGCUGAAGAUGAAUUCCCCAGCAUCCCUUAUCCACAGGAUUCAAGAGUCUAUGAAUAAGACAGAUGAGGAAUCUGAAAAUCUACACCAGAAAAUACUCGACAGAGAGAUUGACCUUGCAUCAUUUUUGCAGAAUUACAAGAAGCUACGUAUCGCUUACCACCGUAAAAGUCUCAUACAUCUUGCUGCCAAGACAUCAAAUAUAUGAGCACAACAUAUGGAAUAUGAAAAUUAACUCUUGUCAAAAUUGUAUUCUACUUUGUUACUUUGUUUUCAUUCUUGUCAAUAUAUCUGGAAAUUGAUCAAUGCUGUUUGGCACCAAUUAUAUUAAAUUUAUAGUCGUUUGGAUAGUGCCAUCCGUUACAGAUGGGGAACAUUAUAACAGCUCGCUCUUUUUUUUUCUGUUUU